AUGGCCUCCACUACUCAAUCCGCUACACAAUCCGCAACUGACAACCUUUCUCAGUUGCAAUUGAACGCAACCCCUAUCAGACACGCCCUUUCGGAUGUUGUCAAGGAGGAGGACUGGUCCGACUUCAAGUUCACUCCCAUCAGAGAGUCCACUGUGUCACGUGCCAUGACUUCUCGUUACUUCAAAGAUCUUGACAAGCACGCCGUUAGCGACGUUAUCAUUGUCGGUGCUGGAUCCAGUGGUCUAGUUGCAGCCUAUGUCAUUGCCAAGAACAGACCAGACCUAACGAUCACCUGUAUCGAGGCCAACGUGUCCCCAGGUGGUGGUGCUUGGUUGGGUGGUCAACUUUUCAGCGCUAUGAUCAUGCGUAAGCCUGCUCAUUUGUUCUUGGACGAAUUGGAAAUCCCAUACGAAGAUGAAGGUGACUACGUCGUGGUAAAGCACGCUGCUUUGUUCACUUCCACAGUGUUGAGCAAAGUUCUACAAUUCCCUAACUUUAAGCUAUUCAACGCUACCGCCGUCGAGGACUUGGUCACCAGACCAGCUGACAACGGUUCCGGUGUUCAAGUUGCCGGUGUCGUCACAAACUGGACCCUAGUUACCCAAGCACACAACCUACAAAGUUGCAUGGACCCUAAUGUCAUCGAAUUGAGUGGAUACCAAAACGAUGGUACUCGUGAUGUCAGCAAGAAGCACGGUGUUGUCUUGUCUACUACUGGCCACGAUGGUCCAUUCGGUGCAUUCUCUGCCAAGCGUAUUGUUUCUAUUGACAACAACAAGAAGUUGGGUGGUAUGAAGGGUCUAGACAUGAACAACGCCGAAGCUGGUGUUGUCAAGGGUGCUGGUGCCUACUCCGGUGUCGACCACAUGUACUUUGCCGGUAUGGAAGUUGCUGAACUUGAAGGCUGCAACAGAAUGGGCCCAACUUUCGGUGCCAUGGCUGUUAGUGGUAUCAAGGCUGCUGAAGAGAUCUUGAGACACUUUGCUGCUUAA